AUGGCUAUCCUUUGCAAGCCUUUGUCAGGCCAGCAGAUCACCCAGAAUGGUGAUGCCCAAGCUGCUAUCCACAAGAUCUUUGCAAGACCAUGCCCGAAUUCCAAGAGUGCGUCGGGCGUUUGUGUAUCUUGUGAGACUGGCUUUCGUUUAGAAGAGGUGGCCCAAUUUCGCAAUCUUUUUCAGCACAUGAAUUUAGAAGAGCGAUCGAAUUUGCUGAACACUUGCUACACCACAGGCAAGGAAUCUGACAGUACGAGAGUUCAGUGGAAGCUUUUGGGCAAGCGCAUUUGCUUGAAGAGGCUUUGUGAGGUAUUAGGCUGCAGCGCCCGAACUUUUGUGAAAGCUGUGCAUGGAGAAGUGGACAUGAGAUUCAAAAAUGGCAGGCAAUGUGGUGAAGCACGAAUUUCUGUAGACCAAUACUUCUUUGAGCUUUACAAUUCAGCAGCUGAGUUCCUACCAGAAGACCCGGCUUGCAAAGUGGAGGAUGUGGACAAUUCGAUCAGCGCAGACUCAACUUCCGCAAGGCUAGGCAGUGACCACCACCACACUAGCCCAGCAUUGCACUCAAUGCUGCCUCUCCAGUGCAAUGUGUGCUUUGAGCAUUCCCAGUUCAUCCACUCCAGUGGGGGAACCCCCUUGCAAAAGCGGCAGCGUGCAGAAGCUUGGCAGCACCACCUGCGAGAGCAGUAUCACGACAGGCUGAUCUACUGGCAUUUACGGUGGCAGAGUCGGAGCCCAGAGUCCAGAGUUCUGACCGUGAUCAUCGAUGGGAUGGACAAGAGUAAAGGGAUUUGGCCGCAAUACAGCUUCCAACCCGCGAAGAUUCUUGAGAAGUUCAACCGGCCAAAACUCACUGUUCACCUGGCAAUGGCUCAUGGCUACUGUUGUGAUUUUUAUUUGGCGGAUGAUGAGAACUUCUUUCAUGGGGCCUCCUUCUUUUGUGAAAUCUUGACCCGCACACUGGCACGAGUUCGGCGCAUUUGCGCUGCAAAAGGGCAGAGGAUGCCAGAGCAUUUGGUUGUGCAAUCGGACAACACAACAUCUCAGGCUAAGAAUGCCGAGGUCUUCAAAUACCUUGCUGUCUUGGUCCGCAAGUACAAGUUCCAUUCAGCUGUCCUCAACUUUUUGCGGGUGGGGCAUACACACGAGGACAUUGACUUCAUGUUUAGCUUGGUCCUUUCCCUGGUUGUGCGGAAGGUGCGCAUCAAGGUGCCAGAUGACCUUCGAGUGGCCAUCCUGAGUGGUAUGUCAUCAGUCGUCUCCGGCAAGGGCUAUGAGCUGACUUGUGAGUUGUUGAGCCAUGUUCGCAAUUUCAAGGACUGGAUGGACCCCAUGUGCCUCAACCCAUACAAUUGCUUUCUGCCACGCAAGGGCAUUGAAGUUCCACAUUCUUUCACUUUCAAAUUGCGGAUGGACCUUUCCUUUGGAGAGCGCGAGGCGCUGCAGCGCAGCCCACCAAGAUUCCGGCAGGGGCACCCACAUGAUGUCUUCGUUGUUGUGAAGCACUACAUGUCCAGCAAAGAACCAAAUGGCCCACCUGUUUUGCUGGUGCCGACAAGCAGGUUCCUCCUCAUCCAAAGCCCCUCUCCAACAGGGAGCUGCUACAGCAACAGCCCCAUGACAGAAGAUCGGCAGAAGGAGUUGGAAAAUUUUGCAAAUUCCUUAGAGCACCUGUCGCAAGAGUGGAGGCCAGAACACUCUCUUUUUCGCGCUGCAAGAGAGCUGCGCUUUUUAGCCCGUGGGCGUGACUCUGUUCCAUCAGAAGAUGGGUUCUUGGAAAGUGCUGCAGCUGAGAGAGAGCUCUCUGACCUGGACAUGGCUGCCUUGGUGCUUUUUGGCUGCACAGUGGCCUCUGUGUUGAGUGACCCAACGUUCAAUGGCUUGCCGCGAGAUUUGAAGGUAGUCGAAAUCUUCUCCGGUGUGGGAAGUGUGGCAGCAGCAGCGACUGCAUCAGGUCUUUCUUCCCAACCCUUCGACAAGUUCAGAAUUGAGGGCCGCACCAACAUUCCAGGGCCCAGCUGCGAAGACUUGACUGUGAAGGCUGGGUUUGUGAAUGCGGUGAAGCUAGUCAUGCAGCUGGCACUUGGAGGGUUGCUUUGGCUUGCGCCUGUUUGCUCAUCAUGGGUGGGCCUCAACAUCAGCCGGACCUUGCGGUCACACAAGAACAACUUCCAAGGUGACACAACGUACCCAAAAGUUGCAGAGGGCAAUCUGCAAGCAAAGGCGUGCGCCUUCUUCAUGCAGCUGGCACAGUUUCGAGGCAUUGAGGUCAUCCUUGAGAACCCACCUAGCAGCACUAUCUUCAACUUCCCCGUGCUCCGGGCAGCUAUUUCCAGCAUGAAGCUGGUGAGCUGUGUGACCCAUCGCUGCGCUUUUGAUGUGUCUGCUGCAAAAGGGAAAAGGCUGUGGAAGAAGUACAAAUUCGUGGGGCCAGCUGCAUGGGUUCAGAAGCUGGCCAAGCCUUGCCCUUGCCAAGGGAAAAACCACAUCUACCUGACUGAACGUUGGACUGAUUGCCACGGCAAGAACCGAUUCAAAGGCUUGAAGACCCUGCUUGACAAGUCUGCGGCGUACCCAGCAGCAAUGGGAACUGCAGCAGUCAAG